UGAGGAAACUUCCUUUAACUUACACAAUUUACCACUAUGAUAUUAUUACUUGACUAUUGUAUUAAAUGAAGAAUAGAAAAAUCCAAAGUACAGCUAUAGGAUUUAACAUUUGAAUGCACAAUUGUUACUGAAUGUCAAGAUAAAAUUGUCUGGCUAAAUUCACCAUUCCUAAACUAGAGUCUACCUUUUUUUUUUUUAACACAGGACUUUACUGGUGGUAAUCUGCAAUACAGGUUUGAAGAGCAAACGUGACAUAUUGGGAGUUGGGGGUGACCAUGAUGCCUGGCCCCACACCCUUAGCUUUGUCUUUGAAAGUAUGAGCCAGGACAUUAAGGUGGCCAUUGCUCCAGUUGCUCUGACAGCCUUCACAGGUGCUGCUCUUGGAGAACUGCUUUCUCUUGGUGAUUCUAGCCUCUGCUCUGGUAGAAGCAUGGAUUCUGGCCUAUCUAUUCUUAAUGAUACAAGGCCAAGAAUGGGGAAUUCAGCUUCAGGUCUGUAUAAUUAGGCCAAAUAAUUGGCCUAAUUAUCCUUCUGCCAUUUAUUUCUGUAACAACUUUCUCAAAGAGUGAAGAAUGGAAAGGUUUCUGGGCAGCCUAAUUAGAAAUUAAGUUAUGCUGGGCUAAAAUAUCAAGAGUUGCAGUGAUGGACCAAAAACAUUUUUUAUGGGAAUAUAAUUAAAAGAUACUCUUGCCUCCUAAACGUUUCAUAGGGUCCUUGCACAUCAUUUUUCUUCAAGCCACAUUUUAUCACAUAUAGUAACCUGUUAAUUUACUAACUUUUCUGGUUUGUCCUUAAAAAAAAUUAACAGAAAAGGAAAAGUUUGCAAGCCCAGAGACAAUCUGACCAAGAGGCACUGGAAGGACGUAUCUUAAGCCAAGAUCCCAAUAUGGAAACUGGGCUAAAGGCUAUGCUGUGAAGUCCCGCCAUGGAAACUUGACAAUGAGACAGUUCUGGCAUGUGACUGACUUGCACUUGGACCCUACUUACCACAUCACAGAUGACCGCACCAAAGUGUGUGCUUCAUCCAAAGGCUCAAAUGCCUCCAAUCCUGGCCCUUUUGGAGAUGUUAUGUGUGAUUCUCCAUAUCACCUUAUUUUGUCAGCAUUCGAUUUUAUAAAACAUUCAGGACAAGAAGCAUCUUUCAUGAUAUGGACAGGGGAUAGCCCACCUCAUGUUCCAGUCCAUGAACUCUCAACAGACACAGUCAUAACGGUGAUUGCUAAUAUGACGACUACUGUCCAGAGUCUCUUUCCAGACCUCCAGGUUUUCCCUGCACUGGGCAAUCAUGAUUAUUGGCCGCAGGAUCAGCUGCCUUCAUUCACCAGCAAGGUGUACAACGCAGUAGCAAACCUCUGGAAACCAUGGCUAGAUGAAGAAGCUAUUCAGACUUUAAGGAAAGGUGGCUUUUAUUCACAGAAAGUUUCAACUAAUCAGAACCUUAGGAUCAUCAGUCUAAACACAAACUUGUACUAUGGCCCAGAUAUUGUGACCCUGAAUAGGAGUGACCCAGCAAAUCAGUUUGAAUGGCUAGAACAUACACUGAAUAUCUCUCAGCAAAAUAAGGAGAAGGUGUACAUCAUAGCACACAUCCCUGUGGGGUACCUGCCCUACUCCAUGCACACUACAGCCAUGAGAGAAUUCUACAACGAGAAACUGGUAGAUAUUUUUAGAAGAUACAGCAAGAUCAUUGCAGGACAAUUUUAUGGACACACUCACAGAGACAGCAUUAUGAUUCUUUCAGAUAAAAAAGGAAAUCCAAUAAAUUCUGUGUUUGUGGCUCCUGCUGUUACGCCGGUGAAGGGUGCUUUACAAAAACAGACCAAUUACCCUGGUCUCAGACUAUUUCAGUAUGAUCCUCUUGAUUAUGAAUUAUUGGAUAUGCUGCAGUAUUACUUGAACCUGACAGAUGCUAAUCUAAAGGGAGAGUCCAACUGGAAACUGGAGUACAUCCUGACCCAGACUUAUGACAUUGAAGAUUUGCAGCCGAAAAGUUUGUAUGAAUUAGCUAAGGAAUUUGCAACCCCAGACAGUAAGAAAUUUAUAAAAUACUAUAAUUACUUCUUUGUGAGUUAUGACAGCAGUGAAGUUUGUGAUGAGAAAUGUAAGGCCUUUCAAAUUUGUGCUAUUGUGGCUCUUGAUCAUAAUUCCUACGAAGAUUGUCUCAAACAAUAUUAUUAUAUAAGGCACAGUCUAUAGUAUUUCACAACUUGUGUUCAUGGAAAAUGUAACAUUUUGUGCCUGAGAUCAGUUUGUGGAAAUUGUUACAUAAAUCUUCCUGAAUUACUGAGUGGGCAAACAAAAUUCCUUUCUUUGUUUUCUUUUUUAUGAUGUUCAAAUGUACAUAUUUUGAAUAUUCUAAAUUUGUAUUCCAUUGAAUAUAUUUAAACUGCCCAUUACGAGAAUGAUGUCUGGAUGUUAAUUUUCUAUCUUCCGGUUUAUAUAAUUAUAUUUAAUUUAUGCCCUUUUUGAAAUUGCCAUUUUUCCAUUAAAGCAAAUGACUUCUUCCUAAG